UUUCAGGUUUACACACCUUUGACCAGAUAGAGACUGAGAGAGAGAGAUAGACUCACUCUACGUUUAGAGAGAGAAACCUAUAGAUUUAGAGAGAGAAAGUUGAAAACGAAGACGAAGAGACGGUGGCGGUGGUUGUGUACUUGCGUACUCGCGUCUGCUGGUUAUAGUUCGUUCUCCACGGCUGAAAUUUGGGAGAAUUUGAGUAAAUUAGGGUUAUGAUUUGUGAAACAUAAUGAAUGUGAUGCGUCGUUUGAAGAGUAUUGCUUCUGGUCGUUCAUCGGUUUCAGAUCCUGGUGGAGAUUCUAGCAUUAAGAGAGUAAAGGUUGAGCAAGAGGUUGAAUCAGAUGUUAGUGCUGAACGUGAACCAGAGCCACAAUCAGUAGAGAAAACUGCAACAGCUAUAGAGCAGCCAAUGGAUUCUACAUCAACAGAUAUGGCUGCAAGCACAUCCAACACUACGUGUACAGAUAAACCUGAAAAAUCCGACUUUGACGAGCUUCCAAAAGAAAUGCAUGAAAUGAAAAUCAAGGAAGAUAAAUCCGAAGACAAGGAAGUUGAGGCUACCGUUGUCAAUGGCAACGGAACCGAAAAGGGCCAGAUAAUCGUGACGUCUGUGGGUGGUCGAAAUGGACAACCGAAACAGACUUUGUCUUACAUGGCGGAACGUGUAGUUGGCACUGGUUCUUUUGGUGUAGUUUUUGAGGCUAAAUGCCUUGAAACCGGUGAGUCUGUUGCUAUAAAGAAGGUACUACAGGAUAAGCGAUACAAGAACCGAGAACUUCAAAUUAUGCGUCUACUCGAUCAUCCAAACGUCGUUCCCUUGAAAAAUUGUUUUUAUUCAACAACCGAGAAGAACGAAGUGUACCUAAACGUCGUGCUAGAAUAUAUACCUGAAACGGUGUAUCGGGUAUCGAGGCAUUACAGUCGGAUGACUCAGCACAUACCUCUUUUAUACGUACAGUUGUACACAUAUCAGAUCUGUCGCGCACUUAACUACAUUCAUAAUGUUAUUGGUGUAUGCCAUCGUGAUAUCAAGCCACAAAAUUUAUUAGUUAAUCCACACACGCAUCAGCUGAAGCUAUGUGAUUUUGGGAGCGCAAAGAUGUUGGUGCCCGGUGAACCAAAUAUCUCAUAUAUCUGUUCAAGAUAUUAUAGGGCUCCUGAAUUGAUCUUUGGAGCAACGGAAUACACGAACGCGAUAGAUAUGUGGUCUGCUGGUUGUGUUUUGGCAGAGUUACUACUGGGACACCCUCUUUUUCCUGGUGAAAGUGGUGUAGAUCAGCUGGUAGAGAUUAUCAAGAUUCUUGGAACACCAACAAGAGAGGAAAUCAAGUGUAUGAAUCCUCAUUACACAGAAUUUAAGUUUCCGCAGAUCAAGGCUCAUCCUUGGCAUAAGAUUUUUCAGAAGCGAAUGCCACCUGAAGCGGUUGAUCUUGUCUCACGCUUACUCCAGUAUUCACCAAGACUGCGAUGUAGCGCUUUGGAAGCAUGUGCCCACCCGUUCUUUGAUGAUUUAAGGGAGCCAAACACAACCUUACCAAGCGGCAAACCCCUUCCUCCCUUGUUUAAUUUUACACCAGAAGAGCUAGCUCAUGCAUCUCCAGAAUUGGUCCAACGCCUUGUACCCAAACAUGUCGAAAAAUGAAGCAUGUGAAGAGAAGUUUGUAUGUGAAGGGUUAACCUGGAAGCAUGCUCAUACGAGAGUACGAGACAUUUUUGCUACAGAGCAAGCGCUCCUUGCACCUUCUUUGUUACCGGAGGUUUACAGAUGGCAAAAAGGUCAAACUAUAGGCGUAUAGGUAUGUUCUUUUUAUGAUGUAGCUAAGUUUUCCAUAUGUAAGCAUCCAUCUAUGUCUACUUGAUGGAUUGGAUGCAAAAUCCGAUAGAUUAUGGCUAUACUUCUAAUGCAUACUCUCGUGCUCGGUUUUCUUUUUUGCUAUGAAAUGAGUUUUGUGUUAAUAUGUA